AUGAGUGAACAACAGCAACACCAUGACCAUGACCGGGAUCACGAGACGUCCGAAUCAGACGCCUCUACCAUAGCAGCUCGAGAGGGCUCGCCUACUCGAAACCACCACCCAGACCACAAGAAGUCAUCCAACAACAUCCGUGAUGCCGAGGAAAUCGCAGAAACCAAUAGGAGAGAAGAUGCAGUUCACCAACUCGCUCGACGCCUCACAGUCCAGAGUCAGCAAUCCUCGUCACAAGCAAACCCUUUCAACGCAGCCCCUGGUUCCGCUCUAGAUCCCCAUGGAGAAAACUUCAACGCUCGCGCUUGGACAAAAGCCAUGCUCAACCUGCAGCUCUCAGAUGAGAACGCUGCACCUAUUCGAACCGCUGGUAUUGCCUUCCGCGACCUCAAUGUCCAUGGUUUCGGUACCGACGCAGAUUUUCAAAAGAGUGUUGGUAAUAUCUGGCUCGAAGGCCUCAGCCUUUAUAAGAAAAUCAGAGGCGACAAGGGUCGCAAGAUCAACAUUCUCCGAGACUUGGAUGGCCUGGUAGAGGCGGGUGAGAUGCUAGUCGUGCUGGGACCCCCUGGAUCCGGUUGCUCGACCUUUUUGAAAACCAUUACUGGCGAGACACACGGUUUCUUCGUCGAUCAAAAUUCAAAGAUCAACUAUCAGGGCAUCAGCCCAGAGCUCAUGAACAAGAACUACCGCGGUGAAGCCAUCUACACAGCCGAAGUCGAUGUUCACUUCCCUCAGAUGACUGUCGGGGAAACGCUCUACUUUGCUGCUCAAGCUCGUCGCCCAAGACACAUCCCAGGUGGCGUCAGCGUGCAAACAUACGCUGAGCACCAGCGCGACGUCAUCAUGGCUUUGUACGGCAUUUCCCACACCAUCAACACACGUGUUGGCAAUGACUUUAUCCGUGGUGUCUCUGGUGGAGAGCGCAAGCGUGUCACUAUUGCUGAGGCAUCCCUCAGCCGAGCACCAUUACAAGCAUGGGACAACUCAACUAGAGGCCUUGACUCUGCAAACGCCAUCGAGUUCUGCAAAACCCUCCGCAUGGAGAGUGAGAUCAAUGGCACCACUGCUUGCGUCGCCAUUUACCAGGCUCCUCAGUCUGCCUAUGAUCUUUUUGACAAGGCCCUUGUUCUCUAUGAGGGCCGUCAAAUCUACUUUGGCAGGAUAUCAGAAGCCAAGGCUUACUUCGUAAACAUGGGCUUCCAUUGCCCGGACCGCCAGACUGACGCCGAUUUCCUGACAUCCAUGACCAGCCCCUUGGAGCGCAUUGUCCGCCAAGGAUUCGAGGGCCGCGUCCCAUGCACUCCUGAUGAGUUUGCACAGCGCUGGCUCGAGUCUCCUGACCGAGCAGCUCUGCUUCGCGAAAUCGAGGCCUACGAGCAGAAGUACCCCAUUGGUGGUGAGGCCAGCGAGCGCUUCAAGGAGUCUCGCCAGCUUCAAAAGGCAAAAGGCCAACGCGAGGCAUCGCCUUACACGCUCACCUAUGUGGAUCAAGUCAAGCUUUGUUUGUGGCGAGGCUUCAUCCGAUUGAAAGCCGACCCUACUAUCACCCUGACCCAGGUCGUCGCAAACUCGAUCAUGUCUUUGGUCGUCUCCUCCGUCUUCUACAACAUGAAAGAGACGACAGCAAGUUUCUUUUCUCGGUCAGCUCUACUCUUCUUCGCCAUCCUAAUGAACGCUUUUGGUUCUGCUCUUGAAAUUCUGACGCUCUAUGCACAACGUCCGAUCGUUGAGAAGCAUUCGCGCUACGCCCUUUACCACCCAUCUGCCGAAGCCUUUGCUAGUAUGUUAACGGACAUGCCUUACAAGAUUGUAAACGCUAUUACGACUAAUUUGGUCUUGUACUUUAUGACCAAUCUCCGAAGGGAACCUGGCAACUUCUUCUUCUUUGUCCUCAUCUCCUUUACCCUUACCCUUACAAUGUCCAUGUUCUUCCGGUCGAUUGCCGCUCUGUCCCGCUCUCUAGAUCAGGCUUUGGCUCCCGCUGCCAUCCUUGUUCUUGGUCUUGUCAUGUAUACCGGUUUCGCUAUUCCUCCGAGCUACAUGCGUGGUUGGGCCAAGUGGAUUCGUCGCAUCAACCCUGUCAGCUAUGGCUUCGAAUCGCUCAUGGUCAACGAGUUCCACGACAGGAAAUUCGAAUGCACAAAUUACAUUCCUACCAGCACUGGUACUGCCGGAGUUGGCGCCUACAACGGUAUAUCCGGUGCACAGCGAGCUUGCCAGGCUAUUGGAUCCGUUGCUGGGCAGACAUACGUCGAGGGAGACGCCUACAUCAACUCAUCCUUCAACUACUACGUUAAGAACAAAUGGCGCAACUUUGGAAUCCUCUGGGCGUUCAUGAUCGCUCUCAUGAUCGUUUAUAUUGUUGCUACGGAAUACAUCACUUCUAAGAAAUCCAAGGGCGAAGUUCUUGUUUUCCGUCGCGGCCACAAGUUCGCCACUCCCAAGAGCAGGUCACAAGACGACCUCGAAUCUGCUGAUCCCGGCCGCAGCGUUGUGGCGCAGAAUAACUCGGACGAUAUCGCCAUCAUCGAACGCCAGACUGCCAUCUUCCAAUGGGAGGACGUAUGCUACGACAUCACUAUCAAAGGAGAGCCUCGCCGCAUUCUCGACCACGUCGAUGGAUGGGUUAAACCAGGUACUUUGACUGCGCUCAUGGGUGUGUCAGGUGCUGGCAAAACAACUCUUCUAGACUGCUUGGCUACGCGCACAACUAUGGGUGUAAUUACAGGUCAAAUGCUCGUAGACGGUCGACCCCGUGACGAUUCCUUCCAGCGCAAAACAGGUUAUGCCCAGCAACAGGAUCUCCAUCUGUCCACCUCCACCGUUCGUGAAGCCCUCACUUUCUCUGCUGUCCUACGUCAACCAGCGCACGUACCUCGUGAAGAAAAGGUUCAAUACGUCGAAGAGGUUAUUAAGCUUCUAGAAAUGACCGAAUAUGCCGACGCAGUUGUCGGUGUGCCUGGCGAAGGUCUCAAUGUCGAGCAGCGAAAGCGCCUUACCAUCGGCGUAGAACUAGCUGCCAAGCCUGCCCUUCUUCUCUUUUUGGACGAACCUACCUCUGGACUCGACUCUCAAACAUCUUGGGCUAUCCUGGAUCUCCUUGACAAGCUGAAGAAGAACGGCCAGGCUAUUCUCUGCACCAUUCAUCAGCCUAGUGCCAUGUUGUUUCAACGUUUCGACCGUCUGUUGUUCUUGGCCCGUGGCGGAAGAACCGUCUACUAUGGAGAUGUCGGCGAGAACUCACGUAUCCUUGUUGACUAUUUUGUCCGCAAUGGAGGCCCUGCUUGCCCCCCGGCUGCUAACCCGGCUGAGUGGAUGUUGGAAGUCAUUGGCGCUGCUCCUGGUUCGCAUACCGACAUUGACUGGCACCAGACAUGGCGCAACUCCCAAGAGUAUGCCGCGGUCAAGCGCCAUCUCGCUGAGCUCAAGUCGGAACGCGGCCAAGCUCAAGCUCUUGAGCGUACCCUGUCUGCACAGAAACGAGAGGACAAGGCUGCUUAUCGCGAGUUCGCCGCGCCGUUCAUGGUCCAACUCCGUGAGACAACCGUUCGUGUCUUUCAACAAUACUGGCGCAGCCCUUCGUACAUCUACUCCAAGGUCUUCCUCUGUGUUAUGUCGGCUCUCUUUAUCGGCUUCUCGCUAUACAAGAUGCCCAACACCCAAACCGGUCUCCAGAAUCAAAUGUUUGGUAUCUUCAUGUUGCUGACCAUUUUUGGUCAAUUGCUCCAGCAGAUUAUGCCUCACUUUGUCACCCAGCGCGCCUUGUAUGAGGUUCGUGAGCGACCUAGCAAGGCCUAUUCUUGGAAGGCUUUCAUGAUGUCCAACAUUUUCGUGGAACUUCCGUGGAACUCACUCAUGGCUGUGCUCAUCUUCUUCUGCUGGUAUUAUCCUAUUGGUCUCUACAAGAAUGCCGAGUUGACCGACAAAGUCACUCUACGCGGUUUUCAGGUAUUCCUUUACGUCUGGAUGUUCUUGCUCUUCACAUCGACUUUCACGCACAUGAUCAUUGCCGGUAUCGAGACCGCAGAGACUGGCGGCAACAUCGCCAACAUGAUGUUCUCUCUAUGCCUUAUCUUCUGUGGUGUCCUUGCUCAGCCUUCGACGUUUCCUCGUUUCUGGAUCUUCAUGUACCGUGUUUCGCCGUUUACAUACAUGGUCUCUGGUCUGCUGUCUGGUGGUCUCGCCAACAGUCGCGUACAGUGCGCCCAAAACGAACUCAUUCGCAUCCAACCAAGGCAAGGCCAGACCUGCGGUGAAUACAUGCAGCCCUGGGUUAACCGCCAUGGUGGCUAUGUGGCCAACGUAAACGCCACCACCGACUGCAACUACUGUUCCGUCUCAGAUACCAACGUUUUCCUCAAGAACAUUUCAUCUGACUACAAAGACUUCUGGCGUAACUAUGGUAUCCUCUGGGCCUACAUCUUCUUCAACAUCGGCGCGGCUCUCGCCCUCUACUACCUCGUCCGCAUGCCCAAGCCAAAGAAGCAGAAGGUGGAGCAGCAACAGGCUGGAGCCAAUAACCAAACGGCACCCAAUGAGUCUUCACCUGCUGGCAGCGGUUAUAACACCGACUCUGGUCGCCAGGGCGAGAAGGGAGACGAUAACGCUCGCUACGCUUCCAUAACUGGAACUAGCACACCCCCAGUGCAGCCUAAGGAACUUUCGGAGAAGGCUUAA